AGUUGCAUGCUCUCUACAAGCCAAAUGCGGAUUUCCAGAAAAAUGCGCACAUAUCUUCUAUGGAGAAAUACAAAGAGAUGUAUAAGCAAUCUAUGGACAACCCGGACGAGUUUUGGGGGAAGAUUGCAAAAGAUUUCUAUUGGAAAACGCCACCGACCGGCAAGAUACUGGAAUACAAUUUCGAUGUCAGCAAAGGAAAAAUUGACGUUAAAUGGAUGAAGGGAGCUGUCACAAACAUUUGUUAUAAUGUUUUAGAUCGUAAUGUGAAUGAAAAAGGUCUCGGAGAUCAGGUAGCUUUCUUCUGGGAAGGCAAUGAUCCUGACGAUAGUUCCAAAAUAACCUACAGUGAAUUACUCAAGUCUGUCUGUAAAUUCGCUAACGUGUUAAAAAGUCAAGGCGUCAAGAAAGGUGACAAUGUCGCUAUCUAUAUGCCGAUGAUUAUAGAAUUGGUAGUUGCUAUGUUAGCAUGUGCUCGGAUAGGAGCAGUUCAUUCCAUUGUGUUUGGUGGUUUCUCAUCAGAUUCUCUUGCUGGACGAAUAUUAGAUGCAAAAUGUGGAACACUAGUCACUGCCGAUGGUGUAUACAGAGGUCCCAAACUGAUUAAUUUGAAGGAGAUAGCUGAUGGUGCUAUUGAGAAAUGUAAAGAACAGGAUUUUAAUAUUAAGAAGUGCAUUGUGGUACGCCAUGUUGGUUCCUCGGCUAAUGGUAGCGGUGAUAGAUCUUCAUCUCCAGAGGCUAAAAGACCAUGUAAAAAUAUGAAGACACCAUGGAAUUCUGAUAUAGAUAUAUGGUGGCAUGACUUGAUGUCUGGUGUCAGUGACCAAUGUGAACCUGAAUGGAUGGGUGCAGAGGAACCACUCUUUAUGUUGUAUACAAGCGGUUCAACUGGCAAACCUAAAGGUGUUCUGCAUACUACUGCUGGUUAUAUGCUGUACACAGCAACAACGUUUAAAUACACGUUUGAUUAUCACCCCGGCGACGUCUACCAUUGUACGGCUGAUAUUGGGUGGAUCACCGGACAUAGCUAUGUAGUAUAUGGUCCUAUGGCUAAUGGGGCAACCAGUGUUAUGUUUGAAGGUGUUCCAACUUAUCCCGAUGCUGGCCGAUGCUGGGAAUACGUUGACAAGUACAAGAUUAAUCAAUUCUACACAGCUCCUACAGCAAUACGUUUACUUAUGAAACACGGUAAAAGUUUUGUUGAAAAAAGAGCGCAUUGGAUUGUUUUCAAAAGGCCAUGGCCAGGUAUAAUGCGUACUGUAUAUGGAGAUCAUGAACGCUUUGAAAAAACAUAUUUUACCAAAUUUCCCGGGUAUUACGUAACUGGGGAUGGUUGUCGUCGUGAUGCCGAUGGUUAUUAUUGGAUUACCGGUCGGAUUGAUGACAUGUUGAAUGUAUCCGGUCACUUACUGAGUACUGCCGAAAUUGAAAGUGUAAUGGUGGAGCACCCGUCAGUAGCUGAAGCUGCCGUUGUUAGCCGUCCUCAUUCAAUCAAAGGGGAAUCCACAUAUUGUUUUGCCUGUCUUGUUGAUGGAACUGAAUUUUCUAAGGAAUUAGAAAAGGAACUGAAAACCUUAGUGAGAGAUAAAAUUGGACCAUUUGCUCAACCUGACAUUAUCCAGAAUGCACCUGGCCUCCCUAAGACAAGAUCCGGGAAAAUUAUGAGACGUGUUCUCCGCAAAAUCGCUGUCAAUGAUCGUUCGUUUGGUGACAUCAGUACCCUCGCUGACCCCGGAAUAGUGGACAUCCUUAUUGAUAACAGACCGGACGUUAAGGGCUAAAGAUCAAAAUUCAAUUAUGCAAAUAGUUCAGGGAUUUGCACUUUUAUUGGGUGAAUUAUGAAAACAAUGAUGUUUUUCUGGGAAAAAUUUAAACAUUCCUCUUCUGUUUGAAAUUGUAAAAAAUGUGUUUUGCAUGAUGGGUUACUAUACCCCAGAACAUUAAUGGACAUAAUAGUAGAACAUAGGACAGUUUGUGGUACAAUGAAAUCUAGUUUUUUACCAGAAUGUCAAUUUAUAUUCAAGUUGUGGAAGUUUUGGGGAGGGGUCUUUGAAUAAUUAAGCAAAAAAAUGAUUAUUUAAAAUUUGGCUAUUAGUAAUUAUUUAAACAGUUGAACAAUUGUAAAUUUUAAGCAGUGUAAUAUUGAGGUUCUCAAUAACUGUAUAAGAGUUUAAUAGACUACUUGUUGGCUCCAAUAUCUGAGUACUUUUGUUUGAUUACUGGUACGUCAUAUAAUCUACUAACUUGUUCGUAGCUAGUCAAUACUUAACUCAAAUUCCCACUAUAAUGGACCAGAACAGAGGCGAUCAUAAUACCUCUAAUCAGUGUACAAGCAACACCACUGAUGAGAGAUCCAAUACUAUGAUAUAGUAUUGAUUGUAUGCCAAAUUUAUAAUGGUUUCCGAUCUACUAGUAUUUAUAAUCAGGAUUUCUGUAUUUUACAUUUCAACAGACAGUCAGUUAGCACCACACUUCCAUAAUUCUGUCCGUGGUGCUUUGCAAAAAGCUUCAAUAAAUUAUGCUCCAUAUAUGUAUAUGGCGCUAUUGUAACGUUUGCUGCAUUUGUUCGAAUGCCAAGACCGUGACCAAUACACAUCAUGAACGACGUAAUCAGACAGAAUAGUGCUCCUGGAACCUGCAAAUCUGUUCUUUACUGUUGAUAAUUUCAACUUACUUAGGUGGUCUGAUGGGACACAUCUUGCAUGGUGGUAUUUUUUACUCAACAUAAUAGAUGGUACAUUUUAAUGCCAUGGUUUAUGGUUGAAUCAAUACAGUUUUUGCAUGAGAACAGUUCUAUCGUCAAUGUAUCAGCAUAGAGCAAAAUACUAAAACUGCCCUUACAAAUAGGUCCA